GCGUCGCGUCGCGGGGAGGAGACGCCAGAGAGACGCGUCGCGGGCGGAGCGGAGCGGAAGGAGCUGCAUCUGCAGGGAGUUGCGCGCUGAACGCCGGUGGUCGCGGUUCUGCUCGCCUGAAACGGAGCGCACCGGAUCGAACGGACAGCGCCGCCGGUUCACCGAGAGUUACCGAGCAGAAAGAGUCGAGCGGAGCGGAGGGAUGGUGGAUAACAGCGGCAGCGGCAAAACGCAGAUGGAGGCUGGUUUGGCCGGUGGGUUUCCUCACAGCGGCUCCGCAGGAGUGAAGCUGGAGCAGAUGAUGGAGCAGCUACAGCGGCAGCAGCAGGCGCGUCUGGAGGUGGAGCACAAGGAGCGGAGGCUGCGUGAAGCUCACAUCAUGUAUGCACAGCAGCUCGCGGCUCAGCAGGCCAUUCUGGCCGCCGCUCGGGCUUCAGGGGCCGGCUUCAUGAGCAGGGGCCUCGGACCUUCCGGGGUCGGACAUCCGUCCCUCGUCUCCAAUCAAAGCAGUUUGGACUCCGAGCGCGAGGAUGAACGCGACCGGGACUCGGAUGAUGAUGGGAUGAUGGAGGGCGAUGAAGGCAGCGAGGAAGACGAGCGGCCCUUCGGGAGCUUCUCGGGCCCCGGGGCCGCCGUAGAUGCGCAGAGAGCUCCGUCACCCGCCGUCAGGGUCAAACAGGAGCCUGAGGAUGAUCUCUCACCUGUAGGGCGACCGUCUGUGUCUUCUCCUAACGGCCAAGCGGACUGGAGCUAUGAGGAUCCCUUUAAAGCGAACGGUGGUGUAUCCUGGCCGGAUGAUGUGGAUGUUGCUCGUGGAAGAGGGGAAGCGUCCAGAGAUUUCGCCAAGUUAUAUGAGCUGGAUAGCGACCCGCACAGGAAGGAGUUUCUGGAUGACCUUUUCACCUUUAUGCAGAAACGAGGGACUCCGGUGAACAGGAUCCCCAUCAUGGCGAAGCAGGUUCUGGAUCUGUACAUGCUGUAUAAGCUGGUGACGGAGAAGGGCGGACUGGUGGAGGUCAUCAACAAGAAGAUCUGGAGAGAGAUCACCAAGGGUCUCAACCUGCCCACGUCCAUCACCAGCGCCGCGUUCACACUCCGCACACAGUAUAUGAAGUAUCUGUAUCCGUACGAAUGCGAGCGGAAGGGGUUGAGUUCUCCCAGCGAGCUGCAGGCCGCCAUCGACAGCAACCGGCGCGAAGGCCGUCGACCCAGUUACAGCAACAGCUUGUUCCGCUUUAGCCCCUCCCCUGGCUCCGCCCCUCACAUUCUGACACCGCCCAAGAUGCACCUGUCAGCGCUGGGGGCCAUAGGGGCCCUGAAUGGACUGCAGGUGUCCCCGGGGCCAUCUCUGAAGAAGGGUUUGGACGAUGGGCGCUCGUCCUCCCUGGCGCUGGCGUUUGGGCAGCAGCAGGCGCUGGGUUUGGCGCGAGCAGCGACGCUGGAGCAGCUCCGAGAGAAGCUGGAGACGGAGGCGCCGGAGAGAAAGAUGGCACGUCUGGCCGAGGAGCAGCAGAGACUCAUGCAGCAGGCCUUCCAUCACAACCUGCUCGCCAUGGCCUCGCAGAUCCCCGCCAACCUGCGGCUCGGAGCUCCGGCCCGGGAUGAGAAGCAGGAUCUGGCCGUGAGCAUUUCCUCCAGCGGCGCGGCGAGUAUCAGCGUGUCUGUGGAAGUCAAUGGCAUUGUUUACUCAGGAACUCUGUUUGCGCAGAAGUCUGCGUCUGCGUCUGCUGCACCUGGACCCAGCUUCACCUUCUCUAGCUCCGCCCCCAGCCAAAGCCCCGCCUCUUCCUCCUCCUCCAAGGGGCGGAGCUCAGCGGAGCCCAGUGGCUCUCCGUAACCCGUCUGCCGGCCGAUUUGCACAACCAGUACCUCAGUUUCUCCUGUCCACAUCGGCUGUCCGCACGUUUGCAAACAUUUACAUGGACACACAUGCAUAAAAUAACACGGUUGGGCCUCAUUCAUGAAUCACGAGUUAAUCGUCCAUAUACAGUCUUAUGCAAAAAUCACAAUCAAUACAAUGCAACAGUUACAUCAGACUGGAUUCACAUAGAAAUUCAUGCUCGUGUUUCAUGAACGACGUCCGAAAACGCUAAAUACAAUCAGAACGCUCAGCCAAACGACGGGCAGGUUUUACAGAACUUGAAGAUUUUUUUUAUUUAGAGUGUGUUUCGAUCUGUCUUCUGAUUAUGUUUCGUGACUUUAUGAUCUUUUUCACUCAAGGUUCCUCAUUUUACAGUCAUACCUCAAACACUCAGCGGUGGAACGUUACAGGAACGUCUUUUACCUCAGGUUCUUUAGUUUAGGCUUUCUCUGAAUGAGUUUUAUUUCUUGUAGAAUUGGUUUGAAUUGGUCGGGAUCAGAAACGCUGACGGGACCUCACUGAUUCUCCUCUAUGCAUCGCCCGUCUGGAAGACGAGUCUCCGAAUCUUAUCAGGUUCUUGGGAAUAUAUAUGCUGUUUGUUUGAUGAUGAGCCUGUCUGUCUUCAAGAACAACCGUCAAAUACCUCAGAAACCAGAUGAAUGUCUCAGUAGAUGUUUAAACGAGCAAUCGGGCCUCUGUGGGAUCUGCAAAAACCAAUCAUUUCAUCUGCAUCUCAGGGCAGGUUUUAAAUAUGUGGGUGAAUCUCAUGAAAAUCCAAAGAAAAUUUAUAAUACAUGCACAUUUUCUUCUUUUUUUAAUAUAUAUAUAUAUAUAUAUAUAUAUGUAUAUGUAUAUAUGUAUAUGUGUGUGUGUGCACAUAUUUGCAUACAUAUUUUAGAUUUUAAUAACAGAAUAUAAAAGAGAAUCUCAUGAUCUCAUCAAAUUUAUAAGAAAUUUUGAAUUAUUUCAAAAGUUUGGGAUCAAUACGAUUUUUAAUGUUUUUAAUGGAGUCUCUUCUGCUCAAGGCUGUAUUUAUUUGAUCAAAAAUACAGAAAAAAACAGUUAUUGUGAAAUAUUGCAAUUUCUAAUAUUGGUUUCCUAUUUAUAUACUUUAAAAUAUAAUUUAUUUCUGUGACACAGCGCUGAAUCUUUGAUGAAUAUAAAGUUCAAAAGAACAGCAUUUAUUCAAAAUAGAAAUAUAAGUUUUUACAAUCACUUUUUAUCCAUUUAACACAUCCUUGCUAUUCAAAUUUUUUAAUUUCUUUAAAAAAAAAAAAGAAAGAAAGAAAGAAAAAAUGUACUGACCCCAAACUUUGGAAUAGUAGAGUAUAUUGUAACACGAAAUUUCAAUUUUGAAUAAACACUGAUCUUUUUAACUUUUUAUUGAUCAAAGAAUCUGGAAAGAAAGUAUCACAGGUUCCAAAAAAGAUAUGAAGCAGUACAACGGUUUCCAACGUUGAUUAUAAAUCAGCAUAUUAGAAUGAUUUCUGAAGGAUCAUGUGACGCUGAAGACUGAUGCUGAAAAUACAGCUUUGAUCACAGCAAUAAAUUAAAUAUUAUCAUAAAUAUAUGAUCAAAUAGAUACAGUCUUGAUAAGCCUAGGAAACUUCUUUUAAAAACAUUAAAAAGGUUCUGAUCCCAAACUAUUGAACAGCAGUGUAUAAUUUUUUUGUAUUAUACAUAUGUAUAUGCACAUAUUUGCAUACAUAUAUUUUAAUAAAUAUAUGUAAGCACAUAUUAUAGGCACGUAUGUGCACAUAUAUAAUUUUAUAAUAUAUAAAUGUAAUUGUAUUAUAAUAAUCUUUUUCAUUUUAUUUUUUAUAAAUAUAUAUGUAAAUAUACAUAUAUAUGCAUAUAAUAUUCAAAUAAUAGUCACAGCAUAAAAUGUCUUGGUCCUAAAACAGGCAUCAUUUUCUUAAUGCAAAAUAUCUUAUUUCUUCCUGUUGAUUUUAGAUUAGAUUUUUAAAUUUUUUUGGAGGUUUGAUGAGAUUCACCCAUGAAUGGUGUGAUGAAGUUCUCAGUGUAACCAUCCAAUCAUUCCUCAAGCAAACCAUCGUCCUCUUUCUUCCACACCGACGCUUAAGGGCCUGAUGCCUUUGUCUCACAUUUUGCUUUCCGUAUCAGGAAGGCGUCUCUCUCAGGAAGUACUGUGAUGUUUUUAAGUGAACUCUCGUUGUUUUUAAGAUGAUAUAAAUGGAUAAUCAGUGGUGAAGUACCUCAGACUCUGCUGUGGAGAUUUACACUACAUACCUCGUGCUGCCGUGAUGCUGGGAGGCGAACGCUCCCGUUUCUGCGCAGAAUGCUGGACGUGAAUCCCUCGAGCUGGACUUUCCUUUCUCUUUGUGUCUUUUUCUUGUGGCGAAACCAAACGAGAACUGUUGCAUUUGUACAAUCAGGUGGCCAAACCUGCUCACCUUAACCAAAUCAAACUGCCUUCAGCUGCUGCACAGCUAGAAACCAAAGACCAGAUGACCUCAGCCUCACAGGUCAAAGGUCACCGUGAUGCUGUAUGAUUGUGAUGUAAUGGGUCAGGUGACCAGGGAAACACGCUUACACACAUCUCUCUGUCCGGUCAGAUGUUUCGGUCUGGUCCGGAUGAGGUUUGAAGGCCAUAUUGAUGAGCUUUCUGUUCAUUCUCAGGAUUUGAUUCUUCUCUGUUCCAGCUCUGAUCCUCCAUGUUUGCCGCAGCUCUUUUCUGUUUGAACUGGAUUAAAAAAAAAACC